AUGUAUCAAGACUGUGAAAGAUUAAGCUUAAGCAAAUUGGCCAGAGCACAAAUGCCCUAUACUUUCUGGCAUUUUCUGUUGAAAGCACUUCAUAAUGUAGAGGACUGUGGAGUACUGUACAUAGAAAUAAGUAAGGUCUAUCAAAAUUUUAAUGAGAUUCCUACUUUUCAUAAUUCGACAAAGCUGAAACUUCACUCUAUCAACUCUAAUUGGGAUUUGUUAUUUCGAAUGCUCAAUCAUUGCCCUAAUCUUCAAAAUGGCACCGACUUCGGUUAUGGGAGACAAUUCAAUGCCCCACAAAAUUGGGUAGAUCCAAAAUUUGUUCCGCAAUGCCUUUCAUUAUAUCUUAAAACUUGCACGAUUUGGUACUUCGAAGACGAACUAGAUGAGUUGCAAUUAGCAACUUAUAUUCUUAACAAUGCAAGAGUUUUGCAAAGUAUGAAAUUCAGCUGCUAUGCUACACUAAAAAAAGAGAGAGAAUUAUCUUUAUGCUCAAAGGCCUCUCCUAAAUGUGAACUUAUUUUUCAUGUGUUGCCCUAG